AUGAUAAUUUUUUUGAGCGAACUUCAAAAAGAUCACUUGAGCCUUCUCCAUGAUCACUCUCCUCAAAUUCUUAUUGACUUUUGUAAAUUGACUAUUGAUUAUUUGAACAAUGGUGUAAAUGAGAAGAAGUGGUCAUUAGCAGCAGAUAAAUUACAGAUAUCACAAGGUCAAAUCCAAAAUUUAAUUCAAGCUUUGGCCUAUCUUAUUGUAGAAAGCUGCAAGUAUAAUUUAUCGGAGCAGAAUUUUAAAUCUUCACUAGCAUUGGCUGGAUUUUCAGAUGAUAACCAACAAGUACUUGUGAAGUUCUAUUUGACAAAAAAAGCAGAAAUAUCUAGUGUGUUAAACUUGCUUAAACAGAAUGAUCCCACAUAUCAGGAUUUAGCAUGGAGGUUCGAAGUUCAGAUGGCUUCAAAAGGUUGCACCGAGUCAGUGAAGCCUGUGGUGACUAUGGAUUUUGUUCUCUCAACACCAAAGAGUUAUCAAAACAUACAUAAUACAGGAAAUAUAAGAUCUCUAAAUUUUGAAGAUAACUGUAUAUCUUCAUCAAUACAAGAAGCGAAGGCUGCUAGUCAAUGUCAAAAUGUUGUUAACCACAUCCUUCUUCAGUGUGACCUACCGAACUUGGUACAUCUUACAAAUAUGUUAAGCGAAGCGGUGAAUGAAACGAAAAGUCAACACAUUAGAAAGAUACAAAGGGCAUUAUAA